AUUAUUGGCACACGCGGCAAAUUCUACAUGUAACUUGGAGGCAACCAACUGCAACCAACCAACUCCAACGUGCACUCCCACGUGCACUACAACAUGCACUAAGUUAUUUUCAUUGCCAAGAAAGAUCAGAGCACACUAAAAGAAACCAUGGGAGACAAAACCCGUUUUGGAUUGUUGGUCCUUUUCCUUUUUCUGAUUUCAAAAUACCUGUGCUCCGGGCAAGGUAUUGAUGAUGAUGAAACAACCAUGGACACAAAUGAGUCAAUGAAUCCGACGAUUCAAAGCGGUUUGAGUGAACCUCCAAGGCAGAGUUAUUACCAACCUUCCGUUGGUAACUUCGACAGUGAAAUCUCCGAUUCGCUGGACCACAAGGUGUGGUCCAACGCGGCCCGUGGAGAGGGCUCAAAACACGGCGGCCGGCAUAUUAACCGACGCAUACUGAUCAUCGAUUGCUUAAUGGACGGCAGUCACACCCACAUCCAACGCCUAACGGCAAGGGCGUUGGCUGCGAGGGGGCAUGACGUUACCUGGCUAACAAUCAAGGACCGUUUGUAUUGGGUAACUGACCAAGACCGAGCGUCCAUCAACUUCAGAACAUUCGAAACCGACUUUCCAAGUGAACUUGUAGAGGAGUUUUUCGAGUAUUGGACGAAAAAAAGUCUAUCGGGAGAACUUGGUUCCUUCACUUGGUAUGUUAAAAUGAGGCUGGGUUUCAUUGAAAACGAGUUCCAGCGCAUUUCAGAAGCCACGAAUGUCACAAUGUGGGAUAUGUUCUUGAACACUGACUUUGACGAGCUCCGUGCUUUAAAAUUUGACAUGGUUUUGUGUGAGGUCAUGACGCCAUGGUGUAGCAUAAUUGCCCACGAUAUACUCAAAGUACCGUUCAUCAACACUAUCAAUGGCGGCUACUUGGGCACUCGCUACAGUCGAUGGUACAACCAGCCCAGCCCGUUAUCAUACGUCCCGGAGUUUUUGACGUACUACUCAGACACGAUGAGCUUCACCCAGAGGGUCAAGAACGUCAUCAUGCACGGGUUCUCACUUCUCACUUACGAUUACAUGAUGCUUGGUGCGAUGGACAAGGAGAAAAAUAGGCUUGGCCUCAGCCCGGGGAUCGGGACGAAGGAGAUUAUCUCCCGGUCGGAACUCUUCCUCUACAACUGGGAUUUCCUCUUGGAGUUCCCGAGGCCAGUCACGCCGAACGUGAUCAUGAUCGGAGGGCUAACGAUCGCACCUCCGAAGCCACUAUCUCAGGAGCUAGAAGAGUUUGUUCAGGGGUCAGGUGAGCAUGGUGUCGCUGUGUUCUCAGUCAGUACGCUCCUUCAUGUCAUGAAUAUGGAGAUGGCCAAUAUGAUCGGAGCGGCACUGGCCCGUAUCCCUCAGCGGGUUGUGUGGAAGUACCUCGGCGAGGAAAAACCACACACAUUAGGAAACAACACCAUGUUAGUCAGAUGGAUCUCCCAGCAAGAUUUAAUCGCUCACGAGAAGACACGCUUGUUGAUAUACCAUGGUGGCUUGAAUGGAGGUUACGAGGCCAUGUACUACGGGGUCCCCAUCCUGGGCCUACCGCUGUUUACUGAUCAGAUCGAUGACCUAGUCCGUCUCAAGGUUAUCGGCAUGGCUCACUAUUUCCCCAGAGGGCCCAUUGGCUUAACAUCGGAAGUAUUGUACCAAGGCAUCCGAGAAGUCGUGGACAAUUCUUCCUACCUGGAGAAUGCUAAGAUAGCUUCAAGAAAGAUGCAUGACAUGGAGAAUACCGGCCAGGGUCUCCCAAUGAAUCGCACACUCUUCUGGAUAGAGUAUGCUAUAGAACACGGUACAGAUCACCUCAGGACUCAGAUAGAAAAACUCGCCUGGUACGAACUAUGCUUAUUGGAUGUCAUGGGCAUUGUUCUUGUGAUAACGAUCGUGUUUGUAUGGUUGCUGCCAAAGUGUUGUCUCGGUUGUGCACGCCCAUGUAGCAGAACCGCUUCAAGGUAGAAACCAGGACCGUGUGCAUUGUUGGCGAUCGUAACUAUAAAAAAAAAAACUGUUUUGGCUGAAUUGGCUGUUGGUUAAUGACUGGCAAAUCACUGGUUAUUUGUUACAAUCGCCAUAACCAAGCGUUGACUUUAAAAAGAUGGUGUUUCAGCAUGUAUAUUUACCAUAGGUUAUGCUUCAAAAUUUUCCUUCAGGGCCCAACGGCGCAACCAAUGUUAUUUUCAUUUUGGGCGGCACCAAAGUCCCUUUUCUUCCUUUAUUUUAUAAUUGAUUGAAUUGUAAAACUGUGUAUAUACUGUACAUUUAAUCACACUUUAUGUAAGGUUAUUUUCAGGGCUGUCCCCUGUUUUCUUCUCUUAUCGUUUUGCAAACAUUGGGCCAUCAACGCCAACCAGCGCAGUUUGGUUUUUUUUAAGAAGGGGGAUCUCUGUUUAGGGUCUAUGUAACUUUUGUAGGACAAAAAACACAAUGUCC